AUGCCACAUGUUGAUCAAGCGGGACUAACGGAGAAAUCACAGGAUAACUCUCAGGAGAACUCUCAGGAGAACUCUCAGGAGAACUCUCAGAAGAACUCUCAGGAGAAAUCUCAGGAGAACUCUCAGGAGAACUCUCAGGAGAACUCUCAGGAGAACUCUCAGGAGAACUCUCAGGAGAACUCUCAGGAGAACUCUCAGGAGAACUCUCAGGAGAACUCUCAGGAGAACUCUCAGGAGAACUCUCAGGAGAACUCUCAGGAGAACUCUCAGGAGAACUCUCAGGAGAACUCUCAGGAGAACUCUCAGGAGAACUCUCAGGAGAACUCUCAGGAGAACUCUCAGGAGAACUCUCAGGAGAACUCUCAGGAGAACUCUCAGGAGAACUCUCAGGAGAACUCUCAGGAGAACUCUCAGGAGAACUCUCAGGAGAACUCUCAGGAGAACUCUCAGGAUCGAGAACUCUCAGGAGAACUCUCAGGAGAACUCUCAGGAUCGAGAACUCUCAGGAGAACUCUCAGGAGAACUCUCAGGAGAAAUCUCAGGAGAAAUCUCAGGAGAACUCUCAGGAGAACUCUCAGGAGAACUCUCAGGAGAACUCUCAGGAGAACUCUCAGGAGAACUCUCAGGAGAACUCUCAGGAGAACCCUCAGGAUAACUCAGGAUAACUUUUAG